CCCCCGCGCGCCGGCCUCCCCGCACCACGUGUCCGCGCUGCCCUUCGCCGGCCCGGCGUGGGAGGCGGCUGCGCGCUCGGGCCGCCCGGGGCUUGCCGAGUCGGCACCGACAAAUAUUUGGUUUCCCUCUUCCCCGGGCUGCUGUAAUCUUAAACCGCCGGGAGCCCGAGGCCUAUAUUUAUAGAGAAACGCGCGUCCCGGAGGCUGCCGUGGGCACCGCUGGGUUGCCUCUGGAAAUUUUUUUGUCAUUCGGAGGGGAGUCCCCGUUUUAAUUUUUUCCCCUUUUUUUGAAAUUGGGAGCUUCAGACCAGGACAGCUGAAAAAAUUACAAACUCCCAGGGAGGGCCAUAUUGUUUUUGAGAGCCUUUUGUCUGCGGUUUGGCAGUCUCGUCCGAACCGUCCCCGAACUCCUCUCCGGCCCUCGGAGCCGACUCCCAGCGUCUCCGAGCUUCACUGCCACCUGUGAGCCGCGGCGUGGGCCACGGCUCCGAGCGGAGCCCCCUUUGUCCUGUGCGGUCCCUCUUAAGAAGUCCUCCUGGCGGGGCUCGGGGUGGUGGGGGCUGGGGAGAUGAACGCUGCGGCCAGCAGCUACCCCAUGGCCUCCCUGUACGUGGGUGACCUGCACUCGGACGUCACCGAGGCCAUGCUGUACGAAAAGUUCAGUCCUGCGGGGCCUGUGCUGUCCAUCCGGGUCUGCCGCGAUAUGAUCACCCGCCGCUCCCUGGGUUAUGCCUACGUCAACUUCCAGCAGCCGGCUGACGCUGAGCGGGCCUUGGACACCAUGAACUUUGAUGUAAUUAAGGGAAAGCCGAUCCGGAUCAUGUGGUCUCAGAGGGAUCCGUCUCUGAGAAAAUCUGGUGUGGGAAACGUCUUCAUCAAGAAUCUGGACAAAUCUAUAGAUAACAAGGCACUUUAUGAUACUUUUUCUGCUUUUGGGAACAUUCUGUCCUGCAAGGUGGUGUGUGAUGAGAACGGCUCUAAGGGUUAUGCCUUUGUCCACUUCGAGACCCAGGAGGCUGCCGACAAGGCCAUCGAGAAGAUGAACGGCAUGCUCCUCAAUGACCGCAAAGUGUUUGUGGGCAGAUUCAAGUCUCGAAAAGAGCGGGAAGCUGAACUUGGAGCCAAAGCCAAGGAAUUCACCAAUGUUUACAUCAAAAACUUCGGGGAAGAGGUUGAUGAUGAAAAUCUGAAAGAGCUAUUUAGCCAGUUUGGUAAGACCCUAAGUGUCAAGGUGAUGAGAGAUCCCAGUGGGAAAUCCAAAGGCUUUGGCUUUGUGAGUUACGAAAAACACGAGGAUGCCAAUAAGGCUGUGGAAGAGAUGAAUGGAAAAGAAAUCACCGGGAAGGUCAUUUUCGUUGGCCGUGCACAGAAGAAAGUGGAGCGGCAGGCCGAGUUAAAGCGGAAGUUUGAACAGCUGAAGCAGGAGAGGAUCAGUCGCUAUCAGGGGGUGAAUCUCUACAUUAAGAACUUGGAUGACACCAUCGAUGACGAGAAGUUAAGAAAAGAAUUUUCUCCUUUUGGAUCAAUCACCAGUGCUAAGGUGAUGCUAGAGGAUGGGAGAAGCAAAGGAUUUGGCUUUGUCUGCUUCUCAUCCCCUGAAGAGGCAACCAAAGCAGUCACGGAGAUGAAUGGACGCAUCGUGGGCUCAAAGCCACUGUAUGUCGCUCUGGCCCAGAGAAAGGAGGAGAGGAAGGCUCACCUGACCAACCAGUAUAUGCAGCGGGUGGCCGGGAUGAGGGCACUGCCUGCCAACGCCAUCUUAAAUCAGUUCCAGCCUGCAGCUGGGGGCUACUUCGUGCCAGCAGUUCCACAGGCUCAGGGAAGACCUCCAUAUUACACACCUAACCAGUUAGCACAGAUGAGGCCUAAUCCACGCUGGCAGCAAGGUGGGAGACCUCAAGGCUUCCAAGGAAUGCCAAGUGCUAUACGCCAGUCUGGGCCUCGUCCAGCUCUUCGCCAUCUGGCUCCAACUGGUAAUGCUCCGGCCUCUCGCGGCCUCCCUACUACCGCUCAGAGAGUCGGGUCUGAGUGCCCGGACCGCUUGGCUAUGGACUUUGGUGGGGCUGGUGCCGCCCAGCAAGGGCUGACUGACAGCUGCCAGUCUGGAGGUGUUCCCACAGCUGUGCAGAACUUAGCGCCUCGGGCUGCUGUUGCUGCCGCUGCUCCUCGGGCUGUUGCACCUUACAAAUACGCCUCCAGCGUCCGCAGUCCUCACCCUGCCAUCCAGCCCCUGCAGGCACCCCAGCCUGCGGUCCACGUGCAGGGGCAGGAGCCGCUGACCGCCUCCAUGCUGGCUGCAGCACCGCCCCAGGAACAGAAGCAGAUGCUGGGUGAACGUCUGUUCCCACUCAUCCAGACGAUGCACUCGAACCUGGCUGGGAAGAUAACUGGGAUGCUGCUGGAGAUUGACAACUCGGAGCUGCUGCACAUGCUGGAGUCCCCCGAGUCUCUCCGCUCCAAGGUGGAUGAGGCUGUGGCGGUCCUUCAGGCUCAUCAUGCCAAGAAAGAAGCUGCUCAGAAGGUGGGCGCUGUCGCUGCUGCUACCUCUUAGACAAGGACGAACCGAUUCAAAAGCCAAAUAAACCCUCAUGGAAUUCAGCUCAAGGUUUGAAGACUUCCUAGCUUGUCCUAUGGACCUCAACACCAAGAACCGCAAUUGCAAAUUUAAUAGGUCAUUUUGUAUCAAAAGGUCAAUUAUGAAGCACCUAGAAUUUUUCAAUUUAAAGAAUAUAUUCUCUGGGCUCUGAUAUGGCCCAGACAGUGUUAACUUUUCUUUUUCUAUUGUGGGUUUUGAUUUUUUUCCCCCAGAAAUUGGUUUUAUUUGAUGUACCCAAGUCUUAAGUUUCUCAAUAAAGAAAAAAAUCUCCAUAAAACUGUUUUUCUGACCACAGUUUUCUGUAAAUUCCAGUGUCCACUGAAAGUAACUUUUGGAUGUAAAUAAGGUCAAUAAAUGAAGUUCUAUAAGCA